AUGGCAGAGGCUAUCCUCAUCCUACGCAUCAUCAAGACCAUUGUAGGGUUGCUUGGGAUGCUCGGAAACGGUCUGGUGUGCGUUGUCAUCUACAGGAACAGCUUCAUGCACACACUGACCAACGCGUUCAUCGCAAACCAGGCUGCCCUGGACUGUCUGGGCUCCUUGAUGCUCAUACUCACCAGUAACAUCGUGGUGAUCAGCCCGCUCCCUGACACCACUUGGUACCACUUCCUCUGCCACAUGUGGCUCUCCAAUCUCUGGCUCUGGGUUUUCUUCACCUCAUCCACCGUGAACCUGAUGUCUUUGACUUUUGAAAGGUACAUUGCCAUCGUCUAUCCCUUCCACUACCACAGCCUGUACACGACCAAGUUUGUCAAGGGCACACUGGUCGUGAUUUGGUUGUCCGGUCUCGCCCUCGACGGGGCGUAUACGGCAGCGAUAAACACCUUCGAAGACGGGCAGUGUUUUUACAACUCCUCGGUUGCAUCCCGCACGGCCGGUAUCGUCUUCAUCCUUGUGAAGUUCUUCAUACCCGCAGUCUCCAUGCUGUUUGUGUACACGCAUAUCACCGUGGAGCUCAAACGAAGCGCCAGGCGAGUGGGAGGUGUUACCGUACCAACCGUAUCUGCGUCCGGGACCUCAGCGGCUAACAACAACAUCGAGAACCAGGAACAGUCCCUACUCCGUGCCCGCCGAAACACCUUCAAGACGCUCUUCAUGGUCUUCAUCACCUUUCUGGUCUGUUGGACUCCGAACCAGGUCAUCUUCUUCAUGUUCAACUUCGGCUGGAGCCUGGAUUUCAACGGAGCCAUCUACAUCAUUUCUGUGUCCAUGGUAGCUUUCAACUCGUGCGCGAAUCCUUUUAUUUAUGCCUUCAAGUACAAGCAAUUCAGGCGAGGAUUCCUUGUGACGAUUGGCAAGACUGGACGGGCAGAUCAGCAUCACUCAACGACUGGUACUACACGCAGUACUGUAGCCUGA